UAAUGUGGAAAUCAACGGCCGGUCGCGAUAUCGAUACGUGCGUCGUCAACCCAGGAGCCGAGGACGAUGACUGGGAAACGGAUCCGGAUUUUGUGAACGAUGUGAGUGAGCAGGAGCAACGAUGGGGCUCCAAAACGAUCGAAGGCAGUGGCCGUAAUGCGGCUGCUAUCGAUAUGCAACAGCUGCGCGAAGAAACGGAACGUGCCGAUGCGGAAAAGAAACGCAAAGAUGGACCCAAAGCAUCGCACGGGUACGGGGGAAAGUUUGGCGUGGAAAAGGACCGGAUGGAUAAAUCCGCCGUCGGACAUGAACACAUCGAAAAGGUAGAGAAACACGCGUCCCAGAAGGACUACGUGUCCGGGUUCGGUGGUAAGUUUGGGGUGCAGAAGGAUCGCGUCGAUAAGUCGGCUCUCGGUUGGGAUCAUGUGGAAAAGGUGGACAAGCACGAGUCGCAGAAAGAUUACAAGACGGGCUUUGGUGGCAAGUUUGGCGUGCAGCAAGAUCGUCAAGAUAAGUCGGCAGUAGGAUGGGAUCAUCUGGAGGCACCACAGAAACACGAAAGCCAGAUCGAUCACAAAGUGGGCUUCGGAGGGAAGUUUGGCGUUCAGAGCGAUCGCAAGGAUAAGUCCGCUUUCGGCUGGGAUCAUGUGGAGAAACCACAGAUGCACGAAAGCCAGCUCGAUCACAAAAUUGGCUUCGGUGGAAAGUUUGGCGUGCAAAAUGAUCGAAUGGAUAAAUCGGCGGUCGGCUUUCAAGAGCAGGAUAAAAUCGGAACAAACUACACGAAAGUGAAGCCAGACAUUGGAUCCGCCAAGCCGUCCAAUUUGCGUGCCAAGUUUGAAAACUUUGCUGCUACUGCCGAGGAAGAUGCACGGAAGCGAGCGGAAGAGCAGAAACGAUUGCGUGAGGAAAAGGAUCGACGUGAUCGGGAAGAAGCCGCCAAACGGGUGAAUUAUUCAGCAGAAUCAACGGAGCCGAAAAAACCGGAACGGAAAGGUCCUAUCAAUACGGGACGAGAGGCCGGUGUCAGUAGUGCUAUCAGCAAUUUCAACAAACCUUCAGAAAAUGCCUCGCAGGAAAAAUCGAGGAAAGGCCCAAUUGUACUGCCCAAGGAAGAAGAACCACGCAAGCUGUUGGUACAACCGGACGUGAUCCCUGCUUCAGAGUCUAGUUCAGUAUUAGCGGAAGAAGUGAAGCAGCCCGAAGCGCCGGAAGCGGAACAGGUGCCGGAACCUGCACCAGUUACUCGAACAUCGUACAGCGCAACGCCGGUCGCAGUAUCGGAAGUAGAGGAACCGGCUGCCAAAGCAUUUUCCACCGUUUCCGAACAGGUGCCAGAUGUAGAACAGCCGGUGCAAGAAGAAGUUGAAGAGUUCAUUCUCUCUCCAGACAAUCCUGGCAUACAAGCGAUUGCGCUGUACGAUUAUCAAGCCGCAGCGGAUGACGAAAUAUCCUUCGAUCCGGAUGAUAAGAUAACGCACAUCGAAAUGAUCGAUGAAGGAUGGUGGCGUGGAUGGUGCAAUAAUAAGUAUGGACUGUUUCCAGCAAAUUACGUACAGUUGCUGCAAUGAGUCAUGCUCAAAGUCCUCGUUCAAAUUAAGGCACAAAUUUGUAUCCGCAUUUA